AUGUCCACAACCACACAAGCACUCAUUUUCACUAAUUAUCCUGAAGGAAUGAUCAAGGAGACAGAUUUUGAAUAUACCGAUCAAGUUCCGUUCAAUUUUGAUCAAUCACUUGAUCAAGAUCAAAUUAUGGUCCAAUUAUUGCACAUUUCUGUUGAUCCAUAUUUGAGAGGAAGAAUGAGAAAGAAUGCAAUGGCAAAACAUUAUGCUGCAACCUUUCAAACUGGUAAGCCUAUCAGUAGUGGAUGUGUUGCCAAGGUUUUAAAAUCCAAUCAUUCAGUUUUUAAAGAAGGAGAUGUUCUUGUUGGUCAUUUCGAAUGGCAAUUACAUCAAAUUGUAAAGAUUGACCAAGAUCAAGUGAAAAAUUAUCAAAAAGUUGACCCAAAUAUUGGUAAAAUUCCACUUUCAUAUUAUUUGGGAGCUCUUGGUAUGCCUGGAAUGACAUCUUACUUUGGAUUCUUGGAUAUUUGUCAACCAAAAGAAGGAGAUGUUGUGGUUGUUUCUGCUGCAUCAGGAGCUGUUGGAAGUUUGGUAGGUCAAAUUGCCAAAAUUCAUGGAUGUAAAGUUAUUGGUAUUACUGGACAACCUGCAGAAAAUCAACAAGAAUUGAAAGAUUUAGGAUUUGAUGUCAUUCUCAAUUACAAAGAUUACAACAAUGAUCCAAUAGCUCUCAAAGAUGCAAUUGAAAAAGCAGCAGAACCAAAAACUGGAAUUGAUUGUUAUUUUGAUAAUGUUGGAGGUUUCGUUUUGGAUGCAGCAACUCUUGCCAUGAAUAGAUAUGGCAGAAUCUCAUGUUGUGGAUCAAUUAGUGAUUAUAAUAUUGAAGAUAGAAUGAGUAAUCUUGGACCAAGAUUGAACUAUCUCUACAUUACCAGAGAAUUAUCUGUUAAGGGAUUUAUCGUCUCUUCCUUUUACAAUCGAUUGGAUGAAGGUGUCAAGAAAAUGACUCAAUGGGUUAAUGAGGGAAAACUCAAGGUUUUGGAAUCAAAAGUACAAGGUUUGGAAAAUGUACCAAAGGCCCUCAUUAAACUCUUUACUGGUGAUAAGUUUGGAAAGAUGAUUAUCGAUUUGUAA